GACGCCUUCCCGCUGCACCUGCUGGCCUGGCACAACCGGCACCAGGCGCUGGAGAGCGAGCUGCGCAUGGGGCAGCACGAUAUCGAGUUGAUCGACCCACGGGGCCGCACGCCUCUGGAGCUGGCUGUGUCACUGGGCAACCUCGAGUCGGCCCGGGUGCUGCUGCGACACAACGCCAACGUGGGCAGGGAGAAUGCCAAUGGCUGGACAGUCCUGCAGGAGGCCGUCAGCACUGGGGACCCUGAGAUGGUGCAGCUGGUGCUCCAAUACCGCGACUACCAGCGUGCCACCAACCGCCUGGCUGGCAUCCCCGAGCUGCUCAACAAACUGCGCAAGGCCCCUGAUUUCUACGUGGAGAUGAAGUGGGAAUUCACCAGCUGGGUGCCCCUGGUCUCCAAGGUGUGCCCGAGUGAUGUGUACCGGGUGUGGAAGCGCGGCGAGAGCCUGCGGGUCGACACCACCCUGCUGGGCUUCGAGCACAUGACCUGGCAGCGUGGGCGGCGCAGCUAUAUCUUCAAGGGGGAAGAGGAGGGUGCUGUGGUGAUGGAGGUGGAUCACGACAAGCAGGUGGUCUACACGGAGACGCUGUCGCUUGCCCUGCACGAGCCGGAGCUGAUGCUGGCUGCCAUGCAGCCCACCGAGGAGCAUGUGGCCAGCCGGCUGACCUCGCCCGUUGUCUCCACCCACCUCGACACCAAGAACAUCGCCUUCGAGCGGAACAAGUCUGGGAUCUGGGGCUGGCGCUCGGAGAAGAUGGAAGUGAUCAGUGGCUAUGAAGCCAAGGUUUACAGCGCCAGCAACGUGGAGCUCAUCACUAAAACAAGAACCGAGCACCUAUCGGACCAGGACAAGUCCCGCACCAAAGGCUCCAAGACACCCUUCCAGUCCUUCCUGGGGAUCGCCCAGCAGCAUGCCUCCCACAACGGGGCCCCCGUGCUGCAGUCCGCCACUCUCACCAACCCCACGGCCAUCACCCCCGAGGAGUACUUCGACCCCAGCUUCAACCUGGAGGCCCGCAACAUUGGCCGCCCUAUUGAGAUGUCCAACAAGGUGCAGAGGUUCAAGGCCACGCUGUGGCUGUGCGAGGAUCACCCCCUGUCGCUGGUGGAGCAGGUGACGCCCAUCAUCGACCUCAUGGCCAUCAGCAACGCCCACUUCGCCAAGCUGCGUGAUUUCAUCACCCUCAAGCUGCCGCCCGGCUUCCCCGUCAAAAUUGAGAUCCCCCUCUUCCAUGUGCUCAAUGCACGAAUCACCUUCAGCAACCUGUGUGGGUGUGAUGAGUCGCUGAGCUCCGUGCGAGUCUGCGGCCCUGCCCCCAGCUCCUCCCCAGGGGAUGCCAGAGAGCCAGCUGCAGGGGCAGAGGCGCCCCCCAACCCCAAAGGCUGCGAGGUGGACCCGGUGGUGUUCGAGGUGCCCCAGGGCUACACUAUGCUGGGUGCUGGCCGCAAUGAGCCCAUGCGGGACGAGGAUGACGACCUGCUGCAGUUUGCCAUCCAGCAGAGCCUGCUCGAUGCUGGCACCGAGACCGACCAGGUCACUAUCUGGGAGGCGCUAACCAACACACGUCCAGGCUCCAACCCCCCUUCCUAUGACGAAGAGUUGCAGCUGGAGCGCAUCGUCCCUCCUGAUGACAGCCCGGCCCCCAGCACCAAUGGCUCCUCCUCCUCGGCCCUGCCUCCCCCGGCCUACCCCAGCUUCGACGAGCAGCUGCGCCUGGCCAUGGAGCUGUCGUCGCGGGAGCAGGAGGAGCAGGAGCGCCGGCAGCGUGAGGAGGAUGAGGAGCUGCAGCGCAUCCUCCAGCUCUCCCUGACGGAGAAGUAAUGCCCAGCCUACCAGCAGGGGGCCCUGAACCCAGCCUCCCCCAAGACUCCCAGGGGCUCCCCAGUGCCCUGGCUUUGCUGUUGUAUUUUUAACCUUGAGGGGGGAUACCCGUCCCAUUCCCCACCCCCUGUCUUGCAGGGGGCAGGACUGGACUUGUCGAGACACCCUCUGCCUUUCCCAGGGCUCUCAGUCCCGCUGCCUCUUGGGUCUUAUUUAAUUUAACUCCUUUUUUUUUUUUUUUUU